AUGACGAACUUCAAGUUAAUUUACGUGAUUUUUUGCUCAACAAUUUGCUUGGAUGCUUGUAUCGUUCUUGUCGGAGUCGAAAAAUGCGCUCGAAAAAUCAAAAAUCUCCUAAAUUGGUGUGCUGACUUUUACAACAUCGAAGGAAAAUAUUUUGGAGACUUGAAAAAUCGAAAAAUUGAAUUGCGACGAAAAAUUGUUAAAAUGCUAAAAUGGUUCCAAAAAGGAAUUUAUUUGGAAGCUUCUUUAAUUUCCGUGGGAUUUACAGUAACAAAAAUUUUCUUACCUGAAAGUAUUUUGCCGCGAUAUGCCUUGCCUUUGCCUUUAUUUCUGCCUUUCGAGGAUCAAUGUCAAACGUUUGCUUUUUGGACAACGAUGAGCUUUCAAACUUUAUUCUUAUUCACAACAGCUCCUUUGUUCAUCUACUUUUGCGGGCAUUUUUUGUGCUUAAUUUUGCAUAUUUUUGCAUUUUUGGAUCUCAUCAAAGACGCUGCCCACGAAAUGAAGAAAGAUUUGGUCAAAAAUCCCGUGGAUUGCGUGAAAAUUCUCAACGACAUGAUUUGUGAAGUUAAUUCUGUCGUUUCAGAGAUCAACAAGAUUUUCAGUGACAUUUUCUUGAAUCUCGAAAUUGGGACUUUGGGAACUUAUUUUUCAUCUGGAUUGAUUAUUUUAAUUUUGCGAGAACAAUAUUUUUAUGCAAUUUGUAUCAAUAUCAUCGGAGUCUGUUUAUUAUUGUGCUGCUAUAUUAACGAAAAAAUUUUGGAUAAAUUUGAAAACAUUCAAGAAGCGAUUUAUGACUUGCCAUGGUACGAGUUGGAAGUUAAACAUCAGAAAAUGUUCCUGAUUUUGUUGAAUUGUGACAAAAUUAAUCGAGGAUUUACCGCAGGAGGCUUUCAUUCCUUGAGUUUGGAGAGAUUUACAACAAUUUGUCAUUCGGGAUACUCGAAUUUUUUGGUUUUGAGAGAUUUGGUGUUGAAAUAUAAGUAA